GUGUGGUGUGGCUAAAUCUCUUUUACUUUUGCUUCUGAUGCUGAUGCGGAGACCCCCUUUUUUCAACAAAAUUACACAUUUGAGGUUUCCUGUAGAUAAAAAUCAAACGAUGUCGUCGCUUUUUUUGAUACUACUGUCAAUACGGUUCAUUUUACCCUGCCACGGUGACUCUGCUGCAGAAACUAUUUUGGCAAAAGAGGGGCAGUCAGUAAACCUAGACACCGGUGUUGAAAAAACCCAGCAGGACAGAAUUAGAUGGUAUUUCAAAGACACCCGCAUCGCUCAAAUUAAUGGAGAUCCCAGUAAAACCUGUACUGAUGUUCAGUGUAAUGAAGGUAAUGAGAAUUUCAGAGACAGACUGAAGCUGGAUCAUCAGACUGGAUCUCUGACCAUCAUGAACAUCAGAAACACAGACGCUGGAGACUAUCAGCUGAAGUUCUACAGCAGCAACAGCAUCAGUGAAAAGACCUUCAGCGUUUCUAUCCAUGGUGUUCCUGCUGCUUUUAAAAUGGAUAAGUCAGUGAAAGAGGGAGAAUCUUUCACUUUAGAUCCAAGUGCAAGGAUAAAUCCAAAUGAUAUGGCGACAUGGUUUUUUAAUAACACUUUCAUCACUAAAAUUACUCUACCAGCUAAUAAGAUCUGUACUGAAGAUGAGUGUAAAGAGAAAUUCGGAGACAGGCUGGAGGUGGAUCAUCAGACUGGAUCUCUGACCAUCACAAAGGCCAAAACCACAGACUCUGGGCUUUAUGAAGUAGAGAUCAGCAGCCACAGCAAUCGUCAACGCCGCAGCAUCAGCAGCAUGAAGAGCUUCAAUGUUAAUGUCAUUGGUUCAUCUUCGGUGCUUGUGGCAGGAAUAUGUGUUGCUUUCCUGCUGGUGUCGGCAUUGCUUGGUGUGAUUUACUUUCGACACAGGAGGGUUAUUCGGGAGAAUCGCAACAGUAUGCUGUGGUAAAUCCAAAUAAUCCCCAGAAAACAAAUCAGUUUAAAAGAUAAAGCUGCUUUAGAAAAUUUAAAUCAGCUGUUACUGCAAACGUAAAAGUACACACACCUUUGUUUGAAUUGCAGGCAUUUAGUAAUUAAAACAAUUCCGUGAGGUAAAAUUCCAGGUUAGACAAGUGUGCACACCCUUAAACUGAUCCUUGUGUUGAACAUAUUCAAAGUCAGAGUCAGCUUUAUUGUCAAUUCAACCACAUUUACAGGACAUACAGACAAUCAAAAUUGUGUUACUCUCAGAUCAUAGGUGCCUAACAUAUAAUAAUUUUAAAAAGAAAUGAUAAUAAAUGCAAUUACAUAUAUAAUAUAAUCAAAAAUUAUAAGUUCAAUACAACAAUAAUUACAAGUAGCAAUACAAUUACACUUAAGGGCACAUGGCAAGGAGUGCAAACCAGAAGCAAAACAGUAUAUAGAGCAAAAAGCUUGUAAAUAUGAUGGUGUUUUCAGGUUAUUUGAAUGUGUAAUAUCUAAUAUAUAAUUAUAUCAUGUUGUAGAUGUAGAUUUCGUCUGGCCCUACUGAACUUGAUGCACGAUUUUAUAGUUUGCAAAAUUAAAAUGCGAUGAAAUAAACAGUCUGUCUUUUAAAAAUUAGGUCCCACUUUAUAUUAAGUGGCCUUAACUAAUAUGUACUUACAUAGGAAUUAAUAGUUUGUUACAAUGUACUUAUUGUGUAAAUACAUGUGUUUAUU